UCUUGGACCAGGCCCAUCCAUGAUCUCUUGACCCUUCCGAUCCUCUCAUGAAAAAUUGCCCCUGGUGCUCAUAUCAACCAGUUCACUCCUUGCACUCAUAAAACCUCAAAAGCCGAGCAGUGAAAAACAUCUACCCCUAUCUCUAUAUGGUAAUGCUACUAUCUCGGCGCGGAGCUCCGCGUAUCUUUUUGAGUUUCACUCGAACCAUGUCGUCUGCUAAAAUCAUCGACGGUACCCAGGUGGCCAAGUCCGUGAGGGAGGGCGUGGCCAGCCGGAUCGCGUCGAUCCAGUCCCAGUUCCCUCGUUUCCAACCUCAACUGGUCAUCGUCCAGGCCGGAGAGCGCCCAGACUCCUCGACCUAUGUGCGCAUGAAAGCGAAGGCUGCUGAGGAGGUUGGGAUCAAAUAUCGGCACGUCGCCCUUCCUGCGGCAAGCUCUGUCGAGGAGAUCGUCGCCACCGUGAAGAGCCUCAACGACGACGAAGCCGUCAGCGGCAUCCUCGUCCAGCUUCCUCUUGGUGAUCAUGUCAACGCUGAGGGAGAGAGGCAGGUCACGGAGGCCGUCAGUCCUGAAAAGGACGUUGAUGGAUUCCACGCGUACAACAUCGGACACCUCUCAUCGCGCGCAUCAGAGCCUUUGUUCGCUCCGUGCACGCCCUCCGCCGUGAUCAGGUUGCUGGAGUCCACCGGCGUGCCUCUUUCCGGCGCCAGCGCCGUUGUACUCGGCCGCAGCGACAUCGUCGGGAGCCCGGUGGCGUCGAUGCUUCGGAACCGCGACGCAACGGUCACCCAAUGUCACAGUCGCACGAAAAACAUCGAGAACAUCGUGAAAGGCGCGGACGUCCUCGUGGCUGCCAUCGGAAAAGCUCAGUUCGUGAAGGGAACGUGGCUCAAGCCUGGAGCUGUCGUGAUCGACGUUGGAAUCAACUACGUUCCCGACGCGACAAAGAAAAGUGGUCAGCGCCUCGUUGGUGAUGUCGAUUAUGCGUCCGCCUCCGAAGUCGCAAGCUACAUCACGCCGGUCCCUGGAGGCGUCGGUCCGAUGACUGUGGCCAUGCUCAUGGAAAACACCCUCCGAGCAGCCGAGCGCCUGUGGGAAAAGCAACGAUCCCGCAAAGUCAAGCCUCUCAAGCUCAACAUCCUGGAGAAAGUGCCGAGUGACAUCGAAAUUGCGAUGGCGCAGACGCCUAAGCGAAUUGUCGAGCUCGGUGCGGAACUGGGACUUUUGCCUGACGAGGUGGAAAGCUACGGGAAGUACAAGGCUAAGGUUGAUCUGAGUGUCCUCGAGCGCUUGAAGCAUCGCAAGGAUGGAAAGUACAUCGUGAUUGCUGGUAUCACCCCAACGCCUUUGGGAGAAGGGAAGUCGACUACGACCAUCGGACUAGCCCAGGCCUUGGGUGCUGAACUCGGCCGCCCCGCUUUUGCCUGUGUCCGUCAGCCUAGUCAGGGUCCGACAUUCGGCAUCAAGGGUGGCGCUGCGGGCGGUGGAUACAGUCAGGUCAUUCCCAUGGACGAGUUCAAUCUACACGUGACGGGAGACAUUCAUGCUGUCACCGCAGCGAACAAUCUGCUCGCUGCUGCUCUCGAUGCACGGAUGUUCCACGAAGCCACGCAAAGCGACAAAGCUCUCUACAGCCGAUUGGUCCCCACCAAGAAAGGGAAGCGUGAAUUUGCGCCACUCAUGUUCAAGCGGCUGCAAAAGCUCGGAAUUGACAAGACGGACCCGAACGACUUGACGCCGGAGGAGAUCAAGCGAUUCGCUCGGCUCGAUGUGGAUCCCGAAACCAUCACGUGGAAUCGUGUGCUGGACACCAACGACCGCUUUUUGCGCAAGAUCACGAUCGGAAAGGGCCCCGCGGAGAAAGGACACGAGCGCGAAGCUGGCUUUGACAUUGCCGUUGCGAGCGAGUGCAUGGCCGUGCUGGCGCUGACGACUGGUCUCGAGGACAUGAAGAAUCGCCUCGGCGCGAUGGUCGUCGCGACCAGCAAGCAAGGCGAAGCCGUGACUGCGGACGAUAUCGGCGUCUCGGGCGCGCUGGCGGUGCUGCUCAAGGACGCCAUCAAGCCGAAUCUGAUGCAGACGUUGCAGGGGACGCCCGUCUUUGUACAUGCGGGACCCUUCGCCAACAUCGCGCACGGAAACUCGUCGAUCCUUGCAGACCAGAUCGCGCUGAAACUCGCUGGCACGGAGGAGGGCGACUCGGCGGACCGGGUGGGCGGACUCACCCCAGACGCCACCGUCAUCGUUGCUACGACGCGGGCCCUGAAGAUGCACGGCGGGGGGCCGGAUGUGACGCCCGGAAAGGCGCUGCACGAGACGUACACGAAGGAAGACCUCGUCACGCUCAAGGAGGGAUGCAAGAACCUGGUCAAGCACAUCCAGAACAGCCGCAAGUUCGGCGUCAAGGUGAUUGUCGCCAUCAACCAGUUUGCGUCGGACACGCCCGCGGAGCUGGCGCUCGUGCGUGACGAGGCGCUCGCUGGGGGCGCGGAUGCCGCCGUUGUCAGUAACCACUGGGCCGAGGGCGGCGCUGGUGCGCGUGCGCUGGCCGAGGCGGUCAUCGCGACGUGCGAGGGCGCGUCGAACUUCAAGUUCCUGUACGACCUGGACCUGCCCAUCGACGAGAAGAUCUCGAUCAUCUGCAAAGAGAUCUACGGUGCGGACGGGAUCGAGCUCAGCGAGCUGGCCACGACCCAGAUCGCCACCUACACCGCCCAGGGAUACCGCAAUCUCGCCAUUUGCAUGGCCAAGACCCAGUACUCGUUCUCCCACGACCCGAAACUGAAGGGUGUCCCGACAGGCUUUACUGUGCCGAUCCGGGAAGUGCGCCUGUCCGCGGGAGCCGGAUUCCUGUACCCGAUUCUGGGCGACAUGCAGACGAUGCCGGGCUUGGGGACGCGUCCCGGCUUCUGGGAGGUCGGGCUCGACCCUGAGACCGGAGCUGUGCAGGGUCUGUUCUAGACCGUGCACGGCGGAUGUUGUGGCCCCGGGAGCCUAUGUUCUCAACGAAUCUGGCUCGACUCGCGGCUCACCCCGGCCUCGUUAGCACGUGUCCGUCUCAACACGGUCUGCUGCUGAUCGGUCGCCCGUGAGCGCCAAUGGACAGGGAGGAGGUUACUGCAUUAGAUACAGUAGAGCGCGUCCGGUUCGUCUCAGUUGUUUGCAUGUCGUGUUAUCUACAAACAAUGUCAUCUACAAACUAAACUAAACUACAAACUCAGUGGGUUUUGGACAGCUUCAAGCUCGACAUGCGGGGCUUGGUGAAGUUGGGCACAGGGAACAGCUGCGGCCACGUCCAUGGCUUGUGCUGCGGCGCGAGACUGCCGUGCACCACGUCGAGCGUGAUGUUGUUGUAUGCGGCAUCCACUUGUCGGCUGUAUGUGUUGAGAUGGCCGUCGAUGUAGUUCAGCGUGUUGUUGCUCGUCCCAUUUCCCGUGUUUCCAUUCGGGGAUGUGAUGAAAUAGCCUCCAGCGAUCUGGUGCUCUUGGAUGGAAGACCCCAAAGUGAAAGGCGCAGGGAGGAGAUCACGAUUGUAGCUGUGAUCAAUCACACAAUGGACUUGGUGGCGAGAAGACAUCAGCAAAGGUACAGUGUGGACGAUGGAAGAAGAAACUGACAUGAAUUGCCAUCCGAGGACAAAGUCGUGUAGUUCAGGAUGAAGGGAUAGUUGAAUUUGUCCUGGACAGCGGGCAGGCCGUUGUGCAAAGACAGCAUGCUCCCGGAGGUAUACUGAUACACAUUCUAGGAGACAGUCAACCUACAAGCACAAAACCGAAACCGAUCACAACCGACCUGGACAAAGUUGUUCUGCAGAUAGUUCUGAGUGUUCGUGUACGCCAGAUUCUGCGUCCAUUCGACGAACGUGAUCUUGCCGCUCCCGCUGACGAAUUGCGACGAAAUGGAGACCUUGCGGGUCGCAGAGACGGUCACGUUCACGUCCCCGUUGCUGCCCACGGCGCCGACGAUGCUGCUCUCAGCAUAUGGCUCGACGUUGUACGACGUGAUCUUACCCGUCGUCCGCUUCGGCGACGGAUCUGUGAAGACCUGCAGGUUGCCGGAAACAUACCAGUUGCCGAGGACACCUUUGUCCGCCUCGGCCGAGGCCACAUCGAUCGUGAAA